GAACUUUUUAAAUUUAUCCUCUUCUAUCUCUUCUUCACUAUUUGACUGAGCACUGGGACAUUUCUGCAGUUCCUAAGUAAAUAUAUCCCAGCCUGAACAACAUUGAUAUAUUUCUCUCAUUAAAACAACUUUUAUAUACAAACCAGUUUUGUAUACAAAACUGUUUUUCCUGAAAUCAUAGAGGCCUCUAGGCUGGUUAUCAACACAACAGGUAAGUUUAUCUAUAUAUGAAGAGAUAAAGAAAAUGACAUGUCAGGUCAGCCCAAAUGUAAUGCAAAAUAAUAAAUAAUUACCAAAUAUUAUUCAUUACUUAAAUCAAACAGCCACUGGAUGGUCUUUCACCAUGUUAGAAAUAUCAUUAGUUAGUUACUCCAACAGGUCAAGUGUGUAGUAUAAUCUGCUGUGAGUGGGGCUGUAUUAUUUAGAUGUAUUUAUUAGUUUGCUUUCAUGAGGUAGAUACAUUACAUUUAUCCAAAGCAACUUACAAUUGCUAUACAUGUCAGAGGUCACACACACCUCAGAAGGAACUAGGGGUUAAGUGUCAGGGACACAAUGGUGGAUUGAACCCAAGUCUCUCACACCAAAGGCAUUAUCCAUUUCUUAUCCAUUGCGCCAUCGCCACCCCAGAUAGUGUACAAGCAACAAACUGCAGUCUAACCAUCUGACUGUGGGUGGCAGCAGUACCAAAGAUAUACUACAAAAGAUGAGGCUUUGCACGCUGCUCUUGCAUGGUAUACACUUCCUGUCUUAUGGACAGAUGAGCAUAGAUGAUACAGUAUUUUGAAAACUCUACUCUCUUAACUUCUUAUGUCCUGUUCUUUUUGUCUUUCAUUUUUUCUAUAUUUUAUACACGUACCCCUGGUAUGAACAUGUUUUGUGUAUAAAGUGUUCAUGUAUCCCAUUUCUGUUCUCUAAAAUAUAUAUAUUUUUUAAAGUCAAAGGUGAAAAUUAAAGUAAAAUAAAUAAGGUAAUACAAUUUAUUUACAAAUUACAAGUAAUUUGUAAAUAAAUUGUAUUACAAAAUAUGAAUUCAUUAGAAUUAAUAUUGAAACUUAACUGUACGAAUUAAUUGCAGUGAUAAAUAUCAUUAAUUGUUUUAAAAUGUAGGCCUAACUAUUUAACCUCAGGUGGUACAGGAAGACUAAGCCACAUCUUAGAGGUUACUGGUGCAUUCUUGCCAUAUGUACUUCCUUUUCAGAGGCGAGGGAAAGCUUUCCUUGGUUAGAGUAUCUUAAAAUCUUGUUAUUACAUGUAUUGUCUGGAAAGGGACCUGCUUCAAUGGACAAUGUUAAAAGUAUAGAUUUACUAAUUGACUGACUGAACCAUCUCUGACGACUGCGAGACACCUCUUAGAUCUCGCGAGAGUGCGUGCGGAGCCAGAGACAGGCCCCAAACAAAGUUUAUUCUCUCCUGGUGUGUCUAUCUGAAAAAUGCCAUUUUAGUGUCAGAAUGUUAAGAAGAGUUGUGACUUGUGAAACGUGGGUCUAAUAAUUACUUAGGUGACUUUGGGGCUAAACAAUCGGUCAUAACCUUCACGUCACGUUCACUUCUCCCAUUGGAGUGAAUAGACUCAGAGCGAGGCAGUGACGAAACCCACGUGACACAGAUACAGGAAAUGACUCUUAAGUGAACCAUCUCUCUUUUUUGCUCCAGCUUUUGCUCUUGCAAUAAAUACCAUGGCCAGUCUCACAGGCGACACGCGUCGUUGAGUGCGGUGCUGGCUGGAAUCAUAGAAUGAAUAAAUCCCGUGAAGAAGAAGUUUGUCGUGUUUUGAUUGGACGGCUGUAAAUUUGUUUCAGACAUGGCCGAAACAGCAGGAGAGGGAGCGCAAGGAGGACCCUUUUUUAACAAAGAGAGAAUGAAAUACAGCCCCGAUGAGGAGGCCAGACUGGAAAGGCAGCAUUUUUGGAGAAUAAUCGAUGCUUUUAGAUUUUACAGGGUCCAUGUCGAGGAGCAGGUCAAGCGCGCUGAGCGUCAGUUUCGGAGCCUACCACAGCACCACCAGAAUUUGCUGCCAGAUGUUUUGUCCAAUUUGGCCCAGAUCAGCAAGUGUGCAGACCACAACCAGGAGUUGCUGCAGGCCAUCAUUAACAACAGCCUCCACAUGUUUGAAAACAUUGAGUACGGCGAGAGGGAGGAUCCGCGGAAGGCGCGACCAUCCACUACAUUUGACAUGGACAAGCUCAAGUCCACCAUUAAACAGUUUGUCAGAGACUGGAGCGAGGUGGGCCGGGCUGAGAGGGACACCUGCUACCAGCCCAUAAUCCAAGAGAUCCAAAGACUCUUUCCAAGUGACCAAUAUGAUGUGUCUAAGGUGAGCGUGCUGGUUCCGGGUGCUGGACUUGGCCGUCUAGCCUGGGAGAUUGCUCGGCUGGGUUAUAUUUGCCAGGGCAACGAAUGGAGCUUCUUCAUGCUCUUCUCUUCAAACUUUGUUCUCAAUAGGUGUGAAAAGGUGAACUCUCUGACCCUGUACCCCUGGAUCCACCAAUUUAGCAACAACAAGAAAUCCUCUGACCAAACACGACCAAUCACAUUCCCUGAUGUCAACCCUCAGAGCUUACCGCUAACUUCAGACUUCUCCAUGGUAGCAGGGGACUUUGUGGAAGUCUACAGUGAAUCAGAGUCCUGGGACUGUGUGGCUACGUGCUUCUUUAUUGACACGGCUCAUAAUGUCAUCGAGUAUGUGGAGACUAUCUGGAAGAUUCUUAAGCCUGGUGGAGUAUGGAUCAACCUGGGUCCACUGCUGUACCACUUUGAGAACAUGGCCAAUGAGCUCUCCGUUGAACUUAGCUACGAAGACAUUAGGACAGCGAUUGUUAACUUUGGCUUCCACUUGGAGGUGGAGAAAGAGUCAGUUCAGACCACCUACACAGAAAAUGACCGCUCUAUGUUGAGAUACGUUUAUGACUGUGUCUUCUUUGUGGCACGAAAACCCGCUGGCGUGUACUUUAGCUGUCAAGAAGACGGCCAACACCAGAGUUCUGCACCGGCUAUGUCACCACGGUGAGAAGAUAAACACAGCCUGACGUGACUGGAAAUUCAUUGACAAAAAGAGGACUAAGCGACGAUUAGACUGACAAAAUGAAAAAGACAAUGGACACAGAAAAAAAAUCAGUGGACAUGCAUAUCUACAUAUUUUUUAUGAUGUAUGUCAUGGAGAAAUAUUACCAACUCUGCAGGCCCUGUUUUUCUUUUUUUGUGGGAAGCGCUGAGCACCUGUAUAUGGUUCAAAGUGUAGAAUGUAAAACAAAAUAUUGAUGUACUGUGUUACGCAUAACACCUGAAAAUCAUCUAAAUACUCUAUAUCUCUUGAUACCUGGGUUUGAGAUGAGUCAGUUACACUGAGUUGCUAUUUUGUUUUAGUGGUUUGUGUGUCAACUACAAGCCGUGAAGAUUUCUUUUAACUGCGAUCUUACUAAUUCUCAUCUUCAUUGACUUUAACUGCCUGUGUGUGUGUGUGUGUGUGUGUGUGUGUGUGUGUGUGUGUGUGUGUGUGUGUGUGAGAGAGAGAGACAGGACAGCGAGAUGUGAACAUUUGCUUUUGAAAUCUAUUUAUUUUUUUCAAAUAUGGUGCCAAUAACUAUGUCUACUCAUUUGCAUUGAUCCUCCGUCAACCAUGAAAAUGUAAUCAAAACAUGUUUCAGCUUUUCAGGAAUAAGUUGUUUUUAAUUUGGAGAUUUUCUGGUUUAUAAUCACACUUUGGAAUAAAGCCAAACAUUUACAAAAAAUA